AAAGCUUUAAUUUAUAUAUAAAAAAAAAACUCGAGGCCCAACUCAUUCAGUCUUCAUUGGCGGCCGAGUUCGUGAGUGAUGGUGUUGGAGAAAAAAAUGUAAGACCUCUUUCUACCAGUCUUUGUAAUGCUCAUGGAAAAUCAAGUAAAGAUUUCUUGUUAAUAAUUAGUAGAGGCAAGAAGUUAACGUUCGGGAAAAAAUGCGUCGGGAGAUCUUGAUUUUGUUACAGCCUCGGUGCAUCCCUCUCUUGACUGCCGUCUCGAUUUUCUUCAUUUUCGCUUUCUCGGGAGCUAAACGGGAAGAAGAGAAGGUUGUAGAAGAGGAGCAUGAAAUCACCCACAGAGUAUACUUGGAUGUCGAUAUUGAUGGCCAGCAUGUAGUAGAGAAAGGCAAGGGUGCUAAGGGGAAAGCACUUAAUUAUAAGGGAACACCAUUCCAUCGAAUAAUAUCUGGAUUCGUGAUUCAAGGCGGUGAUAUAAUUCAUGGUGAUGGAAGGGGAAGUGAGCCUAUAUAUGGUGGCACCUUUCGUGACGAGAGCUUUAAGAUAAAGCAUUCACAUGCAGGUGUUGUUUUCAUGGCUAAUACAGGACCUGAUUCCAAUGGCUCUCAAUUUUUUAUCACCACUGUCAAAGCCAGUUGGUUGGAUGGGAGCACGUUGUUUUCGGUAAGGUUAUUCAGGGCAUGGACAUUGUGUCUAUGAUUGAAGGGGGAGCCGGGACAUACGGUGGAAAACCUAGAAAGUUGUAAUCUCCGACUCAGGAGAGAUACCUAAGAACAAAUGGGAUGAGACAUGAAGCUCCAGUUUCUUUUUUGUGUUUUGACUUUGCUGAUUUCUUUCUAAUGUAAUCGAUUCAUAUUUUGCUCCA